AUGGCUGCCACUAUUCGUACCGACCUUCCAGGUAACCUGGGGGACAAGCCCCUGGAGAAGAAGCCCAUCAAGUUCUCCAAUUUGCUUCUCGGCGCUGGUCUCAACCUUUUCGAGGUUACCACCCUCGGACAGCCUUUCGAGGUCGUCAAGACCACCAUGGCUGCCAACCGAGGUGACAGCAUGGCUACGGCUUUGGGACGCGUCUGGAGCCGUGGUGGUGUUCUGGGCUUCUACCAAGGUCUUAUCCCCUGGGCCUGGAUUGAAGCAUCCAGCAAGGGCGCCGUCCUUCUCUUCGUCGCUUCCGAGGCCGAGUACUACGCCCGCAAGGCCGGCGCCUCCGAGUUCGGCAGUGGUAUCUUUGGUGGUGUCACCGGUGGUGUUGCCCAAGCCUAUGCCACCAUGGGUUUCUGCACCUGCAUGAAGACGGUCGAGAUCACCAAGCACAAGCUCGCUGCCACCGGUGUCAAGCCUCAGUCUACCUUCCAGACCUUUGGCGAGAUCUACCGCAAGGAGGGUAUUCGUGGUAUCAACAAGGGUGUUAAUGCCGUUGCUAUCCGCCAGAUGACCAACUGGGGUAGCCGAUUCGGUCUCAGCCGUCUCGCUGAGGGUUGGAUCAAGAGCGCCACCGGCAAGAAGGAGAGCGACAAGCUCUCUACAGGCGAGAAGAUCCUCGCCAGUGCCUUGGGUGGUGGUCUCAGCGCCUGGAACCAGCCUAUUGAGGUUAUCCGCGUUGAGAUGCAGAGCAAGAAGGAGGAUCCCAACCGUCCCAAGAAGAUGACGGUUGGCAACACCUUCAAGUACAUUUACGAGAGCAACGGCGUCAAGGGUCUUUACCGUGGUAUUGCUCCCCGUAUCUCUCUCGGUAUUUGGCAGACAGUCUGCAUGGUUGCGUUUGGCGACAUGGCCAAGGCUUAUGUCGAGAAGGUGACCGGCGAGGCGGUUACCGCUAAGCAUUAG